AUGGCCGUAUUCGCCAACAUUGCCACUGGGACAAAGCCCACAAGCCUAACCAUUAAGUCCCACUGCCCUCUGGGGCUUCCUCACCACAUGACCGUAUCCAUGAUCACUACACCAGAGAACCACUCCUAUUCCUUUCCAUGGGAUAAUUGGUUCAAGGACUACUCCCAGUUCCAGCAUUUGAUCCACGCUCAUUGCAGUGGCAAAAACGCAAAGAUUUUGGAACUUGGAUGUGGCAACUCGCGCAUGAGCGAAGAUAUGUACCAAGACGGCUUCACGGACAUCACAGCUACUGAUCUCUCGCCUGUGGCUGUGGAGAGCAAGCGAUGGAGAUGCUUCGACUUGAACUAUGGCAUCAAAGUUCUUGUAGCUGAUAUCAUGGACAUGCCAUUCAAGGACGCGAGCUUCGACAUUGUGAUCGAGAAGGGAGUGAUGGAUGUUCUCUUCGUGGACAGCGGGAGUCCCUGGGAUCCAGAGCCCCAAACAAGAGCCCGAGUUGACGUGACGCUCAAAGAGGUACACCGAGUUCUUGGAGCGAAUGGUGUUUUCAUCUCAAUAGCAUUUGGCCAGCCUCACUUUCGGCGCCCCUUUUUCGAGGCCAGUGGCUUCGAGUGGUCCAUGGAGUACUCAACCUUUGGAGACUCGUUCCACUAUUAUUUUUAUACGCUAAGAAAGGGAAUGGCCAGAAAGGUUUUGCCUCGAGACUCGAUGGAAAUCACAAGCAUUGACAUGGUGCAGGAGCAAAUGGAUGACGAAGAUUAUAUCAUGAGAACCAUGAUGGUCGACGACGACAAAACCACGUCCAGUUGA